GGUUCAAUCAACAGGACUUAUGUUGAACAUAACAUUUGGCUGUUUAAAUUGUGUUGUUGCACUACUACUCCCUGCACUAUUAGGUUGCACAGGAACUGUAUAUUAUAAUACAACAAAAGAAUUUGUGAGCUGUUUGCCCUUCCCCAGUUACUGUGAGCCGUUUUCGGCUUGCAGAACUUGAUUUACCAGGAAGGACAGGGACAAACAUAACCGGUGUUUUGACAACUGGAAGGUAGUUGUCCCACAAGGCUUACCGUAGCAGCUGCACCCUUUGGAAUUCCGGGUAUGAAGCCGAGAGGACCCAGGAAGAGGAGGAGGGAGGGUUAGAACAAAAAAAUCAGGCAGACCACACCUAGCGCUGCUCUAAAGUACUUUUUCCCAUAUACAUUAACUGCAGAUGAAGAACGGACAGGCACAGAACUUAGGGUGAAUGCGGAUUUACAGAACUAAAUGAAUGAAAGUGGAGACGCAAUCGGGAGACCCGAAGAAUAUGAAUCUGUGGGUGCUGUGAAGCUUGCAUGUAGGAGGGCACAGACCAGGGAAGAGCAGCUGAAGACAAAGGCCAUUUGGAAACAGACCAGGACUGUCAGCGAGUGCAUGACAAGGUGGCAUACGUUCCACAGUAGAAAGGAGAUGAUCUGAAUGGGUGAUUAAAUGAAGGGAGGCUGAAGAGAAACUGUUCAGAGGAAAGAGCUGCGAAAAACAUUCCCAGAAAACAAAUACCAAAAACAAGAUGUUUCUCCAUCGGUCUUUACAGUGGCCGUCUACGCCUGCCUUCCUAUCAAAGCUUUUUCAUACUUCUCAGAGUACUCCACCUAACACUUACAGCCCACAGGAGAAAUCCAAGCAUUGGCAGUUUCCAGUAAUACCUCUGCCCACUUUGUCUACUUUACGAUCUCUUCUUCCAAGCCUGAAGACAGAAGGUGAUAAUGGAGCUUCGUGUUCCACUAUCAGUGCUCAACAUUUACAGAUCUGCAUCAAUCUAGUCCAUCAUAUAUUUGACAUCUGCACUUUAGGAUGCCUCUGGCUCUUUUCCCCAGUAUUUCAAGUGACCCUGGAUAUUUUUGGUAUACGCGGAGCCAUAAAACUUUGGAUCCAUGGUCUUGCCAUUUUCUUAGCCACAACAUACGGCAUGUAUUUUCUACUGUGGCUGGCUCAAGAGUAUAUUUUCCAGCUUGCCUCUCUGUAUGGCAUUUUACAGACAUUAGUCUUAACGGUUAGCCUAAGGGCUGACAGAGAUGAGGAGAGAGCAAAAGAGCAAAUGGGAGCAGAACAAGUAGAAGAAUUUGUAGAAGAGAGGGAGCAAGGAGAAGACAGAUGGGCUGGUGGGAGUGAGGAAGAAGGAGGAGAUUCUGAGGAUGGUUGGGAGAGUGAAGGAGAAGAAGAAGAAGUGGGCACUGACUGAAUUUAUAUCUAUGUUGAAGGGUCCACAAAUUGUUCUCCCAAAUUCAUGUAUGAUGGAACAUUAUGGAACACAACACUUUUUAUGUGACAUUGUGGGGAAAAAAAGAAUUUCCUGGUUUGAAAGGUUCUUAAAAAGUAUUCACAUAAAUAGAAACUUUAUUGUUUUAAAAGGUGUUCAGAGGUAGGUUCAUUCUUAAAUCAGUGAGUUGCUCCCUAGAGAGAGAGAAAUACAUUAUCAUAAAUGUAUUAUUUUGUGGCAGUAUCCUUGAGAAUUGAGCACCUUAAUGAGGAGUUUAUUUAUGUCUUUUAAAAAUUAUUUUUUUUAGAUUUUUAUGACUGUAUGUUUGUUUUGUGGAUGUUUUUUCUGCAGAUCUAGGACCCCAAAAAUUGAGCAGAAUGUUUUAUAGUUUGAGAUUAUGAAAGAGAGAAUUUUUUAAGCUACUAGAACAUGCUAGAAAUGGCUAAUGAGGUGGGACCAGUAUAGCUUUUUCUUUACAAGAGACUAGAAUUGAAGGCCAAGGGAGUAGUUACCUGUGCUUAUUAUUGUAAAUUUCCUAAAUAAUGAAGGUACUGACUAGUAGCUGAAUGUCUUUCCAAUGCUAGUAGCUGUUUGCUUGCAUGUUUUGUUAAAGGGUCAGAAAAAACAUAUUUUAUUAUAGGUACGGUUAAACAUCAAAAGACUAAGAUAUAGCGUCUUCCCAAGUAGUACAGUCCAAACAGGCUUAUCUGACCUGCAGGACACCUGCAGUGACAGUUUGAAAAAGUUGAAGUUUUUGCAUAUUUUUUUGCGUUCAUGCUUUUUCAAUUCAGAUCGUUUGAUAUAUGACAUUCAUGGCAUGUGUUAAGUUUUGGUUUCAAAAUACUAUAAAACCACAAAAAUGA